AUGAACGUUUCAGGUUUUUUAGAGAUAACAUUCGAUAAUUUACAUAUUACAUCAAUUUCAGAGGAUUCAGCCUACAGGUUAAAAAAAAAAAGAAUUUGUAAAUACGAUGUUGGAUCAACCCAAAUGUCUACACGGGCGACUGCACAAAUUCCCCUCACGGAAUUUACAUUCUGCGAAUACUAUGUAUCUCUCCAGAAACACCGCGAGUCUGUACCUCACUCAACCGCAGC